UGUAUGGAGAUCCUGUUGCAUCGGUCUGAUUUCUCAUUGCAUCUACUUGUGAGAAACCGGACUCUCUUUAUCUCUGAGGAGAUGAGUGAAAGCCCUCUGAUGGAGUACGAGCUGCAGUCUCUGGCUCCUGUCUCGGGCCCCGGGGCCACGGCGGGGCUCCUGCUGGCUCCGGACACAGAGCAGAUCACGGCGCUUUGUUUCGUGGGGCUCCUGCUGCUGUUUUUGGUGUUCCUGCUGGUGCGGUGUUUCCGGAUUCUCCUGGACCCCUACAGCAGCAUGCCGUCCUCAUCGUGGUCUGAUCCUAAAGACGGAUUGGAGAGGGGACAGUUCGAAUACGCACUGGUCUAG